CAAGCAGUGGUUCAAGCGAACUUGCCCCGCACAACUUUGUGGUCCUUGCAAUGGAAUUCAAGCAAGUGAGAUUCAAAGAAUACCCAAGUCUUUGCGCUUCGUGGGCACUUGACAUCGGGGACAGAGCUGCUUUUGCCGGACCCUCUAAUUCAGGCAAGAGCCUUCAAAUAGACAUACUCUCCGGUGAAGCACCUCUUCUAUCUGGACAUGUUGUUUUUCAACCAGACAUUUGCCGACUUGCAAUAUUGCGCAGUGGCUGGGUGGCCAGCGACAAGUGCUGCACUGUGAGGGAAGAGCUGAGUUCUCUUGACCCUUCCGUCCGUCGUGGAGAGUUUCUUUUACAUGCAAGACCAUGUUCGUUGGUCGUGGACGUUGUGGGCGGGCCAUGUUUGACGGAGGCUGGUCAGACAAGCCAAGUAGAAGUCGACCGAGUCCAAAAGUGCAUGGAAGACUUUGAACUGGAUGGAGACGCUUCUUUAUGUGAUUUGUGCCAGAGCGACCUAGUGCGCGUGUCAGUGGCCAAACUAAGCAUGCAACAGCCAGAUGCCCUGCUGCUGGAUGAUGCGACAGAAGGUCUGGAUGCUGCAAGCUGCAACUGGCUGGAAGACUUCUUGGCCUGUAAGACUUCCUUCAAGAUCGUGCUUGUUGCAUCGCAUGACCGUGGCUUUAUGGACAAGGCCUGUAACAAGGUCAUCGCGAUACAACGCCAUGAAACGAAUGUGUCAACGCAUGUGUUCAAUGGCAACUACACGAGUGCAUAUUUGGCUGGUGGCGACUUUCUCCACUUCCACUCCUUCAGUCUUUGGCAGCCAAAAUCCUCAGGACUCCUUUCUUUGAUCGUUGCGCAAGAAUGGCAGCGUUGGCAGAAGGAUCCGAAGCCUGACUUGGAACUAUGGGCUAUUGAGCUGGACGAACCUGCUGCGAGAAUAGCUACAACCAACUUUGCUUCAUCUCCCUGGCAAGACCGCCUACGCUUUGUACAUGCUUCAUUUCAAGAUUGGACUCCUGAAUGGCAAAGCAAUCCGCCAUCUGUGUUCCUAUGCAACCCUCCAUACAAUGAUGACCUGGUAAAUUCCAGAGCUGGGAGUGAAGAAGCGAUUCUUUCACGAACACGUGCAUUGGACAGGUCUUUUCUCCCUUUGGAGGUCUUGUUCGAUGGAGCUAGGAGACAAGGUUGCAAGACCCUCUGGAUUUUGUGGGGCAAUGCUGAGGCUUCUUGAUUGCAAUAAGGUUCUGUCGUAAGCUGCAGCCAAGCAUCACUGAACCAUUUCUUAGCACCGGAUGAUGCCAGACACGCGCCUCUUCUUCUUGUGUUGAGGAUGCUCCGGUCUUGCUCGCCGCUGCUCAUAUUGGCUGGCAAGCAACUCGGCAGAUCAGAUUUCAACGUAACCCCCACAGCAUUCAGCCAUUUGCAACUGCGUGGAAGUUUGAGCUGGACACUUCCAAAGCUCCACCGGCUUGUAAGCCAGAGAGAAUCUUCUGGCAAGACCAUGAUGGGACUCCAUCAAGCGCUUGGUGGGAACUUGUUGGAUCUUUGUACUACUGGCACUUGCGCGACAAAAGCAGAACUGCGCAG